AUGGAUUUUAAAUGCGUAAGCAACAAGCAAGUUUUCUCCACUUCGUCGCUAUCAAAGAUUUUGCGGGUUCCUGAUAUCCUAUUUUGGCAAUAUGCUGUUAAUCUCACCAUGGUCUCUGCUUGCGUUCCUUACAUCAGCAAUCUUAUUCGAUUUGAUUGUAUUAAAGAGACACCCAUUACUAGGCAAUGCCAGAGACGUAACAUAAUCACAGUGAACGGACAGUUUAAUGGUACAACUCUGUAUGUACACAGGGGCGACACUCUUAUCGUCAAAACUUAUAACACAGCCCCGCAUAAUGCCACAAUCCACUGGCAUGGAGUGAGACAGAUUCGUUCGGGCUGGGCUGAUGGACCUGGUUAUAUUACUCAAUGCCCCAUUCAACAAGGAGGCAAUUAUACAUACAGAUUCACCAUUGUUGCAAAGGAAGGAACCUUGUGGUGGCAUGCCCAUGUCUCGUGGCUCCGUGCAACAGUUUUUCAUGGAGCACUAGUCAUAUAUCCUCGAAAAGGCAGAUCUUAUCCCUUUCCUAAACCCCACGCCGAGAUUCCUAUCGUGCUAGGGCAAUGGUGGAACAGUGAUCCUGAAGCAGUCGAAAUGCAAUCAAUUCUAACAGGGGCAGCACCUAAUAUAUCUAAUGGAUUUACCAUCGAUGGUCAGCCAGGAGAUCUCUAUCCUUUUUCAAAAUCAGGAACAUCUAAAAUCUCUGUGGAACAAGGAAGAACCUACCUUCUGCGUAUUGUCAAUGCUGCAGUAAAUAAUCACCUCUUUUUCAAGAUAGCAUCACACAAUCUCACAGUGGUAGCUGUGGAUGCCUGCUACACAAAGCCAUACACAACAGACAUAAUGCUUAUAUCCCCUGGCCAGACUGCUGAUGUUCUUCUCACAGCCGAUCAACCAUUAGCUAAAUACUACAUUGCUGCCAAAGCAUACACAACUCAAGCUAUUGGAUUCUUUGAUAACACCACAACAACUGCCGUUCUUAGCUAUAGCAUUACGAAGCCUAGCUUCGCCAGAGCAACCAUUGAUGAGAAACUCUUCAUAACUGUAGGGCUCAGCUUGUUUCCCUGUCGAACUAACCUAACCACGAACUGUCAAGGCCCUAAUAACACCAGAUUAACUGCUAGUCUGAACAAUGUAUCUUUUGUCCUGUCAGAUAUCGCUAUCUUUCAAGCUUAUUAUUUUGGUGUUAAUGGCGUCUUUACCACUGACUUUCCUUCAAAUCCCCCAGUUGUGUUUAACUAUACAGGCGAUGAUAUACCCAAAAGUCUUUGGGCGCCCAUUACUAGUACAAAAGUUUAUAUGCUAGAUUAUAAUAGUACAGUUGAGGCGGUGUUCCAAGGAACGAAUAUCUUCCAACCUGAUGACCAUCCAAUGCAUCUUCAUGGUUAUGACUUUUGUAUAGUGGGAGAGGGUUUUGGUAACUAUAAUGCCGAAACAGAUCCACUCACAUUCAAUCUGGUCGAUCUGCCACAACGAAAUACUGUGGGAGUUCCUGUCAGUGGAUGGAGUGCUAUCAGAUUCAAAGCUGACAAUCCAGGUGUUUGGUUCAUGCAUUGUCAUUUUGAUGAUCAUGUAACAUGGGGACUGAAUAUGGUCUUUGUGGUGAAGAAUGGGCCUGGCUAUUUGGCAAGCUUAGAACCUCCUCCUAAUGACCUCCCCAGAUGUUAGCCGGCAAGCCAUCACAUCAGCUCGAUUGCAGGUUUAAAGUCCACCACC